GCCUCCCUGCGAGUGAGUGCCGCAAGUGAGUGUCCAACACGCUGAAAUGUCAAAAACGGGGUUGACAGACCGGAUUUUACGUAAACAAAUCCGAAUCCCGGGAACCGCGGAACAUCUCGACGACGACGACGUAAUCUUGUGGGAGAACGGGAAUUGGAACGGAAAUCCCUCUUCUUGCGGCCAGCAGCAUCAUGUUUUUGACAAACAUUCUACUGAAGAAGGCGAAGAGCAAAAACAUUCUCGUGCUGAUGGAGAGUGCGGUCAGUGGUCAUCAGUUUACUGCUAUCCGGGAGCGGCUCGCGGACAAGCUGGAAAUGUUGCGUUUCGAUCCCUACAUCCAAAAAACGUCGCUAUACCGUGAGCGGAAACGAGUGCGCAGCCUUAAUUGAACCUGCUCUCAGGAGGGCGAAUAAACGUAAAUAAAAUAGUACUGACACAAGUUA